GAAGCCUUCUGAACUUCUAACAGGAAGUAAGAGGAAACUGUCAACACAACUGAUUUGUGAAGACAUAUAUUAAUUCUUUUUAGCUGAUAUGACGACAAAAUGUAAGAUCAACUGCAAAGAUGGGAACUCCUUUUAGAAUCCCCAAGAUCAGACAGCCGUCAGACAGCAAUAUCCAAUCGCAGUCACCCUUGAGAUAUCUCAAUGAAGACAAGCCGUGCAAGUCACCCUGGACUUCCUCAGGACAUGCCAAUAAAUGGAACCAGGACUCAAAAACUCUCAGUGGAGAUGCCCUGAAACCAAAGAGCCAAAUGAAUGGAGGAGCUGACAGGUGGCGCCCAAAGCGAGCAUCUGACUCCCUGUGCCCUGAGGAUAGACGGUUUGGUGGUGACUCUCCUCGGCCACAAAGAUUCCAAGGCAAUGGAUGUGUAGGGAAGAGGAAGUCUCCGGAUGCUGACGAGGAGGAGUUCUCAUGGACCAAAACCCCAGUGAAGCUGAGACCAAAAUCUCCAGACAGAGAUACGGUGCAGAGAGAGGACCGCUACCGAGGCCUUAAUGGAGGCCAAGCAGCAGAGAAUGGCUCGUGGCACGACAAGAAUGGCGUGGGUCAGGGGAAACCAGCGACCCCGACGACGCAGGGAAACAGCCCCCCGUGCCCGCCCAAGCGUAACGCCGAGGCCUCGCCAGUGCCAGACAAGCCGGAGAAGACCCCGCCGGAACGGCCGCAGCCGAGUUCAGCGAAGGGGGGCUCUUCCUCCUCUUCCUCCUCUUCCUCCUCCUCUUCGUACCAGGCCAAAUGGAGGGAGCAGGGGAAAUGCUCCAGCAGGCCGCCGCUCCGAACCCCGCCGCCGAACCCUUACGAGGAGGACAUGAAGAGGCUACUGAGGCCCGCGCACCGUCUCCGCACCUACUCCAGGAAGCCCAAACCCAAACCCAAGCCGGGCCCCAUAGAACCUAUUGUUCUCUCCAGUGAUGAUGAAAAGGGUGAUGAAGACAACAAUGACACGAGCCUGAGACAAAGCUCUCAGAACCAGCCGGAACCGUGUGCAGCAGGACAGAGCUCUGGCGGCCUGCAGGAGGUGCCCUCUGUGAUGGAGCUGCCCUUCGCCGAGCUGCACAUGGGCAGCCUGAGGGCCCAGAGCAGCGGAGCCAUCAUGAUCACACAUGAAGGCCUGGGCAUUCCACUAAAAGGAGGGAGCGGCGACGAGGUCCCGGUAACGGUGGUGGCGUCAGAGCUGCGUCGCUAUGGCAUCUGGGACGGCGGCCUGGCACAGGACGGCUCACUGUUCCCGGCGUCCGGCGAGGCCGCGCCCUCGCUGCUCUUCCUGUCCGUGUCCGAGCCCCAGGCCCGCCUCAUGCACACCGAGCUCAUGGAGGACCAGAGCAUCCACAGGCCAGGUCAGGCCAGUCCGUUUCUGCUGCUGGUCCUCAGCGAGCACCUGGAGGAUCUGCAGGCGGCCCUGCUGGCCUCCAUCAUGGACCUGGUGGGCCUCCGCAGCGGUCAGGCCGGCCUGUCCUCCCCGCUGGCCUGGGCCGAGGGCCUGGAGCUGCUGCACUGCAGCGGCCAGGAGGACCACCUCCUCGCCCUGCUCGGCCAGCCGCCGGCCAGCCCCCCGCCGGACACCGAGGAGAAGGGGGCCGCGAGGAGCGCAGAGCAGAGUCCUUCUGGGAGAGGGGCCAGUCAGUCCUCUCAGCCUGCGGCCAAAGCCUCCAGCUCAGCGUCCAGCACCUGGAAGACGCGGUCAGCAGGCAGUUCAUGCAGGACUCCGGCCCUGCCGCGCAGGUUAAUUCAGUACCCCCCACCACCAUCCAAGGGUGGAAUCACCGUGACCACAGAAGAUUUGGAGUGCUUAAAAAGUGGGGAAUUCCUCAAUGAUGUUAUCAUUGACUUCUACCUCAAGUACCUGCUCCAGGAGAGAGCUGACCAGGACAUGAGGGAGCGCUCACACAUCUUCAGCAGCUUCUUCUACAAGCAGCUCACCCGUAAAGACACGGCCAGCGAGGAGGCGACCGAGGGCUCGUCGGAGUACAGGAGACAUCAGAGGGUCCGGACAUGGACGAGGCACGUGGACAUCUUCGACAAGGACUACAUCUUCGUCCCAGUGAACCAAGAGGCUCACUGGUACCUGGUCAUCAUCUGUUUCCCGGGUCUGGAGAAGCCCCAGGUUGUAAAGUGGGGAGGCCCAGUCCAGGAGGGGAGUGCUGGGGUUAAGAAGAAAUGCGAGCCCCAGGCUUCCAGCCAAGGGACCAACGUACGAGCCACGUCCUCCUACCAGAGAUCACAAAGUUUGCCGGAUUGUACACAGCAGAGUUGCACUAAAGAAAACAUAUUGAGAAGGCCGUGUAUUCUGGUCAUGGACUCCUUGAAGCUCUCCCUCCAUGAGCGCAUCUACAAGCUCUUACGAGACUACCUGCAGGUGGAGUGGGAGGUGCGUCGAGGCACCCCUCGCCGCCUCACGCCAGACAACAUGAAGAGUUCGCACUGCAAGGUGCCCCUGCAGGACAACAGCAGCGACUGCGGCCUCUACCUGCUGCAGUACGUGGAGGCCUUCCUGCAGAACCCGGUGGUGCACUUUGAUCCUCCGCUGCGGCUGGAGCACUGGUUUCCACGGCAGCAGGUGCGACGGAAACGGGAGGAGAUCCGUGACCUGGUGCUCCAGCUCUAUCGUCAGCAGGGAGCAGCCAAGUGAAGAGAAGAGAGGAGAGGAGAAGAGGGAAAAAGGACGAGUAGGGUCCAGGCUCCGGUCAGAGAAGACACCCUGCUCCAUGCAGACCUGUCAUUUUCCAGUGGCCUUGUUCAAUUUAUUUAAAAUUUUUGUCUUUUUUUAAAAUAGUGUUUCUAUUUGUUUUGUUUGUUUUUCGUUUGUUUGUUAUUAUUUUUUAAUAAUUAUUAUUAUUUCAGUAAUAACACUCCAAUUUCAUGAGUAUAAUGCAAUUGCUGUAUACAUUAUUUAUAAAACUGUGAACACUUAGACAAACUACUUGAACAAGAUGUUUUAUAGUUUUUACUAUUGCUAUUAUAUGCCAUUAAUGUGAAGACCAAGGAAAUAUUAAAUUGUUAUUUUUUUACA